GAGGCCAUCAUCGCUGGUCUACAUUCUGAGACCACCUACUCUGUUACCGUGGCAGCCUACACCACCAAGGGAGACGGGGCGCGCAGCAAAGCUAAAGUCAUCACCACCACGGGAGCAGGUAAGAUUUACAUAUAUGUAAAUAUAUUACAUAUAUUUACUAUAUAGCAACAGAAAAGCAAUAGCGCUGCUCAAAGGGGCUCAACUAUAAUGGACAGUGAAAUCUAAAAUCUAUAAUACAGUGGGGGAAAAAAGUAUUUAGUCAGCCACCAAUUGUGCAAGUUCUUCCACUUAAAAAGAUGAGAGAGGCCUGUAAUUUUCAUCAUAGGUACACGUCAACUAUGACAGACAAAAUGAGAAAAGAAAAUCCAGAAAAUCACAUUGUAGGAUUUUUUAUGAAAUUAUUUUCAAAUUAUGGUGGAAAAUAAGUAUUUGGUCAAUAACAAAAGUUUCUCAAUACUUUGUUAUAUACCCUUUGUUGGCAAUGACACAGGUCAAACGUUUUCUGUAAGUCUUCACAAGGUUUUCACACACUGUUGCUGGUAUUUUGGCCCAUUCCUCCAUGCAGAUCUCCUCUAGAGCAGUGAUGUUUUGGGGCUGUCGCUGGGCAACACGGACUUUCAACUCCCUCCAAAGAUUUUAUAUGGGGUUGAGAUCUGGAGACUGGCUAGGCCACUCCAGGACCUUGAAAUGCUUCUUACGAAGCCACUCCUUCGUUGCCCGGGCGGUGUGUUUGGGAUCAUUGUCAUGCUGAAAGACCCAGCCACGUUUCAUCUUCAAUGCCCUUGCUGAUGGAAGGAGGUUUUCACUCAAAAUCUCACGAUACAUGGCCCCAUUCAUUCUUUCCUUUACACGGAUCAGUCGUCCUGGUCCCUUUGCAGAAAAACAGCCCCAAAGCAUGAUGUUUCCACCCCCAUGCUUCACAGUAGGUAUGGUGUUCUUUGGAUGCAACUCAGCAUUCUUUGUCCUCCAAACACGACGAGUUGAGUUUUUACCAAAAAGUUAUAUUUUGGUUUCAUCUGACCAUAUGACAUUUUCCCAAUCCUCUUCUGGAUCAUCCAAAUGCACUCUAGCAAGCUUCAGACGGGCCUGGACAUGUACUGGCUUAAGCAGGGGGACACGUCUGGCACUGCAGGAUUUGAGCGUAGUGUGUUACUGAUGGUAGGCUUUGUUACUUUGGUCCCAGCUCUCUGCAGGUCAUUCACUAGGUCCCCCCGUGUGGUUCUGGGAUUUUUGCUCACCGUUCUUGUGAUCAUUUUGACCCCACGGGGUGAGAUCUUGCGUGGAGCCCCAGAUCGAGGGAGAUUAUCAGUGGUCUUGUAUGUCUUCCAUUUCCUAAUAAUUGCUCCCACAGUUGAUUUAUUCAAACCAAGCUGCUUACCUAUUGCAGAUUCAGUCUUCCCAGCCUGGUGCAGGUCUACAAUUUUGUUUCUGGUGUCCUUUGACAGCUCUUUGGUCUUGGCCAUAGUGGCGUUUGGAGUGUGACUGUUUGAGGUUGUGGACAGGUGUCUUUUAUACUGAUAACAAGUUCAAACAGGUGCCAUUAAUACAGGUAACGAGUGGAGGACAGAGGAGCCUCUUAAAGAGGAAGUUACAGGUCUGUGAGAGCCAGAAAUCUUGCUUGUUUGUAGGUCACCAAAUACUUAUUUUCCACCAUAAUUUGCAAAUAAAUUCAUUAAAAAUCCUACAAUGUUAUUUUCUGGAUUUUUUUCCCUCAAUUUGUCUGUCAUAGUUGACGUGUACCUAUGAUGAAAAUUACAGGCCUCUCUCAUCUUUUGAAGUGGGAGAACUUGCACAAUUGGUGGCUGACUAAAUACUUUUUUCCCCCACUGUAAAUCUAAAAACCUUCUUACCUCAGGACACUUCACAGUGUAAUUAUCCCAUAACAGAGAAGCAUAGCACUCUGCAUAUUUUACACUGAGUAUAUCAAACAUUAGGAACACCUAGGGCUGUUGCGGUGACCGUAUUACCACCACACCGGCGAUCACGAGUCAUGAAGGCAGUCAAAUUCCACAUGACCGUUUAGUCACGGUAAGUAGUCUUCUCCAAGCUCUGAUGCUGCUGAUGGUCAUUAGUAGCCUACCAACCUUGCUAACUACCUGGUACUCAGCACUCUAUUGUCCCUCUAAUCACUCUGACAUCAAUGCAAAUGUAUUCGGAAAUCUAAUCAAACACUUAAUGAGAGCCCAUGAGCUCAUGUUGCGCAACAUUUCUAUAGGCUAUGCAAUUGCGCGAGAAAACAGAGUGAUGGCCUCUAUUAAAAUAGGAGGAUCCCAUCAGCUUUCUAUAGGCUAGGCCUACUAUAUUUAUUUCUCAACUUUCCAAAUAUUAAGUACAUUGCUUAUCUUUACAACAGGAGUAUAGCCUACCUGGCUGGCAUGAAAAUGAACCACGGAAAAAGCUUCCUCCAUUCGCUAUUUAAGUGCAUAGAUGACAUCUAUUUUUUCACCUGCUCCUGUUUUGAGACAGAUUUAUUAUUUAGUAUAUGUAAAGACAAGAUUAAAUCAAGAAUAGUCUGAUGGGUGACAUUAUUAGCCUAUCACUUGUGAAUUAUAUAUUAUCACUUGUGAAUGAUGUCCAGCGUAAUGCAAGAAACAAUGCCUUUUUUUUGCUACUUUUUCUAAUCAUAGUUGCACAGCUCAUGUAGCCUAGCCCAUAGGCCUAUGUGUGUUGAGAUGGUUUGUAUCACAACUAAAGUGGCCAAAUAGCUUCUUAAAAUUAAGCACAUUAUUCCGCUUUACAAGGGGUGUAGAGCCAAACUGGCAUACAUAAGCAGCACAUGAGUUUCAAGUUUGGGGAAGAUAAUUUUCACCAUAAAAAUGCACCUUUAUAAUAAAAGCAUUACAUGCACAAUCGCAUUUGCGGUCACUUUUGAUAAUGGUGAUUUCCCGCUAAUGGAACAUUCGUGCUAAUAGCCUACUCAUCCUGUUGGCUGACGAAAAGUAAAUGUGGACAGUUCUUCCAAUAUCUUCAAUAUGCACUUCGGAAUUGGAUAAGGACGCGCGCAGUUGUGUCCCCGAAGUGUCUGUCUUCACUUGUAGCCUGUGAGAAAGACCGGAUCACGUGAUGGAGAGCCAUGUGAGUGAGAGGUGCUUCAGAGCACGCAGCACUCAGGGAGAAGGGAACAACGGCCACUGGCCACAAAAGGCAUGGAUUUUAUUAGGGUGCAUUACGGCCACACAAAGGGGAUGCCGCUGGGAAAUUCGAGGCAUUAUCAAGUGCUUGUCAAAUCGUUUGGAGAAAAUAUCCUUCCUAUUUUAUUCUUCAUACUAUAAAAUAAUAUAAAAUAAUGCCACGGAAUUCUAACCAAAUCUUGUCUGCUAAAUGAACUAGUGUAGCCAUCAGCCAUAUGGCAUAGCUAGAUCAGGACCUAACAUAAGGGCAAAUCAGAGUAUGCUAUUCUGUUCUUCUGAAAUAGACUACAUUUUCUUCUUAUCAUGUUUGUUUAGACCUGUCUAAAAUAAAUAAUGGAUUUAUUGUAAAGGUGUAGGCUAUAUUACAUGGAUUUAUUAGACUUUUUUAAAUGUAGAUGUUCCAAAGGUCUGCAUCAGUGGCUUGUAGGCUAUGUGUGAAAGCCAGGAGAUGCUAAAUGUGUUUAUGUUAAUUAAUGGUCAAUUACCGUGAGACUGACAGUUAUUUGCUUGACAAUUACCGGCUGACGAAAUUCCAUGACCUCCACAGGCCUAGGAGCACCUUCCUAAUAUUGAGUUGCACCCCCAGUUUUGCCCUCAGAACAGCCUCAUUUUAUCGAGGCAUGGACUCUACAAGGUGUUGAAAGUGUUCCAGAGGGAUGCUGGCCUUGUUGACUCAAAUGCUUCCCACAGUUGUGUCAAGUUGGCUGGAUGUCCUUUUGGUGGUGGACUAUAACUGAUACACAAGGGAAACUGUUGAGCAUGAAAAACCCAGCAGCGCUGCAGUUCUUGACACAAACCGGUGCGCCUGGCACCUACUACCAUACCCUGUUCAAAGCACUUAAAUAUUUUGUCUUGCCCAUUCACCCUCUGAAUGGCACAUAUACACAAUCUAUGUCUCAAUUGUCUCUAGGCUUAACAAUCCUUGAAGGGGAACACCUGUCUCUUCCCCUUCAUCUACACUGAUUGAAGUGGAUUUAACAAGUGACAUCAUCAUGGAAAGAGCAGGUGUUCUUAAUGUUUUGUAUACUCAGUGUAUGUACUGAGUUUAUUUCAGGAAGACUUAUGUUCAUGCAUGAAAUGUGGCGGAUGUAUGGCUGAUGUUUCAGCCUUUGUGAGAUGCUCUCUCUCUCUCCCUCCACUCCCCCCUGCCCUCCUCUCUCCCCCCCACACAGUCCCGGGCCACCCCACCAUGAUGAUCAGCACCACUAUUGGUAACACUGCCCUGAUCCAGUGGCAGCCUCCUAAAGACAUGGUGGGAGAAAUGAUGGGCUACCAGCUGCAGUACAAACGUCAGGAAGACACGGUACUUGUGUUUUUGUAGGGUUAUUGGAUUGAGAAGGAUAGAGUUGAAAGUUAGGAUAAAGAAUGCUGAAAGAGCAGUGGUUCAGAUUCAAACCCGUGCUGGUAGCAGUGCAUUGUACAUGUGCUCCAGAGGCAGCAGCUUAGACCGCUAGACCACCCCAGGCCACAACAAGGUACUUGUUAAACAUCCAGGACCACUUUGGAAAUAAGUGUUUUAUAGAGGGCUUUUACAACUCACUGUCAUAUAGUUCCUCACCCUGAAAGUAGCCUAUGGACCAGCAGCAACUGUAAUUCAUGGUUCGUUUUGAACUUCCCCUUUAAUUAAUGCUAUCAGAAUGUAUGUAUUUUUUAAUUCAGGCAUUCACCUCUCGGGAGUUCAAACGUACGGACGACCACCACACCGUCACCGGGCUGUACAAGGGCGCCACCUACGUGUUCCGUCUGAGCGCCCACAAUCGGGCCGGCACCGGAGUGGCCUACGUCAAGGAGAUCAGCACGCAGGAAGACUCACCCAGCGGGUUCCCCUUGAACCUCCGUGUGACGGGGUAAGUACGUCCGCGAGCGCGCGUGUGUGUACCUGCGUGCAUGCUUACAUGCGUGUGUGUGUGUGUACCUGCGUGCAUGCUUUUUGCGUGUGUGUGUGUGCGAGAUGCCAAUGUCUAUUAGAGGGAAUCCUCCAUGUACUUUAUAUUAAUUUCUGAGGCUGUGGUCUAAAUGAUAUCACUUUACUUCCCACCUUAUGAAUAGAUUACUUUACACUUAGGUUUACACUUUACACUUUACACUUAGGUUGACCACGUCGACCACCCAGCUGGCGUGGGAGCCCCCGGCACUGUCUGAGAGGAACGGGAAGAUACUGCAGUACAUUGUGGUGUACAGAGACAUCAACAGCCAGACCAACAGCACCAACCGGUAUUACUCCCUACCCAUUAAAAUAAUGUUACUUGUGUAGUAUCCUGUACAGUUCCCUGCCCUCCAUGGGCUGGUUUCCCAGACACAGAUUAAGCCUGGUCCAGGACUAACUGGCAUUCUCAAAAGAGAUUAUCCAAUGAAGUAGCUUUUUAGUCCAGGAGUAGGCUUAGUCUGUGUCUGGGAAACUGGCCCCUUAUGACAAUCUGUAAGGAGUUCAAAACAUGACCCUAAGCAAAUUUGUUUGAAAACAGACUAUAAAAUGUGUAUUUUAUCUCAACAGGACAUCGGACACAAGUAUGACCAUCCAGGGGCUAAAACCUGACACUACCUAUGACAUCAGAGUCCAGGCCUUCACCAGUAAAGGAGGGGGACCCAUCAGCCCUAGUAUACAGAGCAGGACCAUGUCCACAUCACCUGGUGAGACACACACACACACACACACACACACACACACAUGUAAUCCACAUGCUUACAGAUACUCAUAAACACCACAUAAUCACACUGACAUGCACAUAACGUGUAGAGUGGAGAGGGCUGUUGAAUAUUUGAGAUAAAAUUAUGUAAAAAAGGAACAUGCUUUAGGGUUUUAAGCUUUUUUAAAGUUAUCUGUUUCCAUGACUGAGGUCGAGAUAGUAAUAAUCUAAACCCUAUUUUACCCCCUCAGCGUUCGCCACAAGCUUCGGUGUCAAAGCCGUCAUGAAGACCUCAGUCCUUCUCACGUGGGAAGUGCCAGAAAACUACAAGUCCCAAGUGCCUUUCAAGGUAAGCAUGGAUGGAGUCCACCAUGUACUUCACGUUCGUUGUGGUGUGUGUUUUUGGUUUGACUAUCCUUGUGGGGACCUGAAGUCCUCACAAGGAUAGUAAAACAAGUAACAUUUGUAAAAAAGCUAUUUUAGGCUUAGGGGUUAGGUUUAGGGUUAGAGUUAGAAUUACAGUUAGGUAUAGGGUUAGUGUUUGGGGUUAAGGUUAGGGUUAGGUUAAGGGUUAGGUUCAGGGUUAGAGGUUACGGAAAAUAGGAUUUUAAAUGGGAAUCAAUUGUUUGGUCCCCACAAAGUCUGUCUGUGUGUGUGUGUGUGUGUGUGUGUGUGUGUGUGUGUGUGUGUGUGUGUGUGUGUGUGUGUGUGAGUGUCUGUGUGUGUGCAUGUGCUUGUGUAACCCUAUGUGUGUGUGUUGUCUCUAUCUAGAUCCUGUAUAACCAGCAGAGUGUGGAGGUGCAGGGGAACCUGAAGAGGAAGCUGAUAACUCGUCUCCAGCCAGAUACAGACUACAGCUUUGUGUUGAUGUCUAGAGGGAACAGUGCUGGGGGUCUACAGCAGCAGGUCUCCAUCAGGACCGCCCCAGACCUACUCAGAAACAAACCCCUCCUCUACUCUACCCAGCAGAACCAGGGAGGGAAGCUCACUAUAGACCUACCCAAAGUACAGACUACUGCUCAAGUCAGGUUAGUAAACUCACAGUAGAACCACCUAUAGUUUAGACCACCGCUCAAGUCAGGUUAGUACCAAAGAACUAGUUAACUAUCCAACAAACUAACUAACCAAUAGUGUAAACCUGAUUAGGAAGGUAAGUAUCAAGGUACAGACUACUGCACAAGUCCGGUUAGUACAAUAUUGUGCUCAAAGGACCAUAUAAAAACUGUUGGUAGUUCUCACUCGUCUGAACAGUUGUCUGGGAGGGAAUAUUUAGGGUAAAGGCCUUUCUAACAAAACUGACUAACAAAGUAGCACAAACCCUGUCUAAACAGCAAACUGAAAAAGCAAAUUAUCCUUGUACCAUCUGCGAAGUCCAUUCCUUUAUUGUUGCACUGGCUUCAGUCCAGCCUGUGGUUACCUUAAUCCCAGCACUAGCACAUUGUCAAUACUUUUUAUUCCUGUGUUGCAAUUGGAUUCCUGCUGUUGCAAUUUGGUCAAAUUGCAAAGCCUUAAAUUUCCCCAAACUGCCCCAAUCUAAAGACUACUCUCAGAAUGUCAGGUCUAUGUCCCAAAUGGCACCCUAUUCACUACUAAAGUGCACAACUUUUGAUCAGGGCCCAUAGUGCAUAGUGCACCAUAUAGGGAAUAGGUUGCCAUCUGGGUGCAUUCCAGGAGUGGUUGGUUAGAAUGGUUGGAACCUUCCCCUCACUCUGUUCCACCAGUUGCCAGGGCAGCAGAGGUUAGGGCUGAGAGCAGCGCUUUGAUUGGUGAAAAUAUUACUGUGAUGCAGCGCAGGGCGAAGACUCACUCACUCACACACACACACAAACACACAGACACACACACAUCGGAGAGUAGAGAUCUUAUUAGACAUGUCUUCUACCACUCUGAAACAAGCAGAAAGACGGAUCACACAGCUGGAGCAGAAACAGAAGGAAGAUAGAGGAGAGAUGAGCAGGCUGUCUCUGUCUGAGGGCUGAUUGUUAAAGUGGCUGAAGUUUGCAAAACUAGUAGAUGGAGAGAGAGAGAAACAGAUAGGUGGAGAAAGGGAGAGGAAGCAAAGAAACAUACCAGUCAAAAGUUUGGACUCACCUACUCAUUCAAGGGUUUUUCUUUAUUUUUUAAAUGUUUUACAUUGUAGAAUAAUAGUGAAUACUUCAAAACUAUGAAAGAACACAUAUGGAAUCAUGCAGUAACCAAAAAAGUGUUAAACAAAUAUAAAUAUAUUUUAUAUUUGAGAUUCUUCAAAUACCCACCCUUUUCCUUGAUGACAGCUUUGCACGCUCUUGGCAUUCUCUCAACCAGCUUCUUGAGGUAGUCACCUGGAAUGCAUUUCAAUUGACAGGUGUGCCUUCUUAAAAGUUAAUUUGUGUAAUUUAUUUCCUUCUUAAUGCGUUUGAGCCAAUCAGUUGUGUUGUGACAAGGUAGGGGGGGUAUACAGAAGUUAGCCCUAUUUGGUAAAAGACCAAGUACACAUUAUUGCAAGAACAGCUCAAAUAAGCAAAGAGAAACGACAGUCCAUCAUUACUUUAAGACAUGAAGGUCAGUCAAUACGGAACAAUUCAAGAACUUUGAAAGUUUCUUCAAGUGCAGUCGCAAAAACAAGCGCUAUGAUGAAACUGGCUCUCAUGAGGACCGCCACAGGAAUGGAAGUUACCAUUCCAAUCAAAUAAAUGCUUUACAGAGUUCAAGUCACAGACACAUCUCAACAUCAACUGUUCAGAGGGGACUGUGUGAAUCAGGCCUUCUUGGUCAAAUUGCUCCAAAGAAAUCACUACUAAAGGACCCCAAUAAGAAGAAGAGACCUGCUUGGGCCAAGAAACACGAGCAAUGGACAUUAGACCGGUGGAAAUCUGCCCUUUGGUCUGGAGUCCAAAUUGGAGAUUUUUGGUUCCAACCGCUUUGUCUUUGUGAACGGAUGAUCUCUGCAUGUGUAGUUCCCACCGUAAAGCAUGGAGGAGGAGGUGUUAUGGUGUGGUGUUGCUUUGCUGGUGACACUGUCUGUGAUUUAUUUAGAAUUCAAGGCACACUUAUCACUUCUGCAGCGAUACGCCAUCCCAUCUGGUUUGGGCUUAGUGGGACUAUCAUUUGUUUUUCAACAGGACAAUGACCCAACACACCUCCAGGCUCUGUAAGGGCUAUUUUACCAAGAAGGAGAGUGAUGGAGUGCUGCAUUAGAUGAGCUGGCCUCCACAAUGCCCCGACCUCAACCCAAUUGAGAUUGUUUGGGAUGAGUCGGCAGAGUGAAGGAAAAGCAGCCAACCAGUGCCAAAAUAAAGAAACACCAUUGAAUGAUUGGGUGUGUCCACACUUUUGACUGGUACUGUAUGUUGUGCUGUAUUUUAUUUGUGUUAUAUUGUAUUAGAUGUUUUAUGAAAUCGUAUAUGCAGGGCUCCCAUCACUGGUCUCAAUGAUGACUCCCUGAUUAAAUAAAGGUAAAUAUAAAACGUCUGCUCUGGUAGCAGGGCAGAGAAUGCAAUUUUACCCCAUGGGUGGAUCUGUGCUUGCCAAUGGGAACCAAACCGAUAUGCCCAAAACCAAAAAGCUGUUUAUUGUGUUUUUUUUUCCGGAUUUCUGUUUGAAUUUACACAAUGUUUGGUUUCUAGGUGGUACUACAUUGUGGUGGUGCCAGUAUCUCAGUCAUCGUCAUGGGGAUGGGAGAACCCUGACGAGAUGGACCUAGAUGAGGUGAGUCGUAACAGCAGGAACAUUUAUUGGUAGCUCACAGUCAUGGACUGAAUUGCACACCAAUUAACAAAGAAAUACAGAUUCCCAUCAAAAUUAAUAAGGAUUCCGUCAAGAUUUCCAUCAGAGUGUAACCCUGUAGAGAACUCCAUGAAAAUACCUGACCCUGUGUCAGUGAUUAGGGACAUCUCACUACACCACUCCUAAUAACUCCCUGACCUCUAACCCCUGAUCUUUAUCCUCUCUUCCCUAACCCUCAGCUGUUGGAUUCAGGCGAGCGUCCUGUCCUUCGGCAGCGGCGCCAGGUUGAGCCAACCCGGCCGUACAUCGCUGCCAAGCUGGACUUGCUGCCUGCCACAUUCACCCUAGGAGAUGAGAAGAGGUACAACGGCUUCUACAACCGGCCCCUACCCAGACACCAGCAGUACCUGGCCUUCAUACUGGCUGCCCUGAAGGAGCAAGAGCAGGAGAGCAGCGAUAAACAUGUAAGGAACAGAGACAGAUGCGCACUCACGCACACACACACAUGUACAGUACAUUCACACACACGUACAGUACAUUCACACACACACGCACACACAUAUACUGUACACACAAAUACUGUAUAUACACACACAUAGAUACAGACAUGCAGUAUCUACACAGACUCAUAUAUAUUAUAGUAAUAUGGGCAAAAAUACUGCUUAGAACUUUCUUCCAUCACUCGGCAAUGGCCUGUAUCUUAUGCUAAUGACAUCCAUGCCCAUAUCAGUGGCUUUGCUACACUGAAACUACUACUGUACUGUUGUACACUCUGGGAUGUGGAGUCAAGUACUUGUCCUGUUGUCAAACAGGACUGAGCCCAAGCUCUCUCUGUGGGACAGGCUGAGUAAACUCCAGUGCAGGAGAAUGAAAGUCAGAUAGGAGCUCUGGGCUGCUGGAGGACCCUGUACAGGAAUAUUCAGCAGAUAGAUACUGUAGCAGGACCCUGGGCAGAGAGGAGAGCAGAGGCCAGUCCUCCUCCUCCUGUCCUCCUCCUCCUCCCGUCUUCUUCUUCUUCUUCUUAAACAUGCGUUUAUUAAUUUUUUUAAUCAUCUUUGAAAUGCAAGAGAAAGGCCACAAUAUAAUAUUGCAGUUUAGGCGCAAUUUAGCAGUGUGUGUGUGCAAAGUUUCAGAUUGAUCCUGUGAAGCAUUGCAAUACUGGGCUAUUUUGUAUCAAGUCUGCUAAAUGUGCAGAAUUGGUCAAUUGAUACAUUUUCAAGUACAUAACUAUAGAGAACAUACAAAAAUGAUAUGGUAAUACAAAAUGUAAGUUUACACACUCCCAGGAAUGUCAUACAUGAUGGAUCAUUCGCUUAUACACUAACUUACACAUCUAGAUGGCCGGGCGGGGUGGGUGUGGACAGCAAGGGUUCAAACUGUAGAACCCAGUUCCUACAUUUUAAUAUAAACAUGGAUUUUAUCAAAUAAAACUAUGCUACAUUUUAUCUUUGGGACCCUCAGGAUGACAUAUCAGAGCAAGAUUACUGAAUGUAAGUACAUUAUUUACCUUCAGAGGUGAAUGUAUCAAACCAGUUGCCGUGAUGUUUUUUGUUGUUGUGCACUUUCCUCAAACAAUAGCACUAUAAUAGCGACUGUAAAUUGGACAGUGCAGUUAGAUUAACAAGAAUUUAAGCUUUCUGCCCAUAUAAGACAUGUCUAUGUCCUGGAAAGUUUGCUGUUACUUACAACAGUCAUGCUAAUCACAUUAGAGAUAGAGAGAGAGAGAGAUAGAGAUUAGGAGCUAAAGAGAGAGAUAGAGAGAGCGAGAGAGAUAGAGAGAGAGAGAUCGAGCAUAGAGAGAUAGAUAGAGAGAUAGCUCUCGCGCUCGUCUCUCUUGCGUCUCUGCAUCAGAUCUCUGCUAUCUAGCUCUCUCUCUCUUCUCUCUCUCUCUCUCUCUCUCGGCUCUCUCUCCUCCUCUCUCUCUCUCUCUCUCGCUUCUCCUCUCUCUCUCUCUCUUCUCUCUUCUCGUCUCUCUCUGACUCUCCUUCCUCUCUCUCUACCUGAGGGAGAGAGAGCUGACCUUCCUGCUUGUACAUACAUAACCAGCGUGUGACAGAGCUGCAGGAGUUGUGACCCGUUUUUGUUGGUUAUGUUGUCGUAGUUAUGCCUAGGGGGGCAUAUGGGGGAGGGAAUGCUGUCACCAUGUGUGCUGAGGGUGUCAGGUUCUUGUCCAGUUCUGGCAUUUAGGUCGCCACAGACUAGUACAUGUCCCUGGGUCUGGAAAUGAUUGAUUUCCCCCUCCAGGAUGGAGAAGCUGUCUUCAUUCAAGUAUGGGGAUUAUAGUGGGGGGAUAUAGGUAGCACACAGGAGGACAUUUUUCUCUGUUGAGAUCAUUUCCUUUUGAAUUUCUGGCCAAAUGUAAAAUAUUCCUGUUUUGAUUAAUUUAAUAGAAUGAGUUAGGUCUGCUCUAUACCAAAUUAGCAUACCCCCUGAGUCCCUUCCCUGUUUCACACCUGGUAGUUUGGUGGAUGGGACUACCAGCUCUCUGUAACCUAGGGGGCACCCAGUGGGUCCGUUUCCUCUAUACCAUGUUUCUUGUAGGAUGACAAUGUCUGUAUUUCUGUAUGUGUGACUUUCAUGUUGAGGCCCUCUUUGCGGGAGUGGAGGGCAUGGGGUGAGUAGGAGGGGCAUAGGUCUGAUCUGAGGGGGCCUAAGUGGGGUGUGGGCAUGGUUGACUUGGGGGGGUGUUAAUUGGUGGGGGUGGGGGUGUGGAUGUGGCUGGUGGUGCUGUGGUCUGGAUGUAGUUCCUCUCGGCGGGGGUCCUCUAUGUGUAGGUCCGGGAGAGUGUCUCGCUGGUCUGGGCGGGGUGUCUGUUGAUCUGUUGCUCCUGUGUGAGGUGUUGGGUCUGCGGUUGAGGGCGAUAUCCAUUAGGAUCCGGGCGAAGGUGGGCACUGCUCAGUUGCCUUGUAUAGGUGGACCUGGUCGUAAAGGCUGUUCAAGUCUAGGGUGGAGUGGUGGGCCAGGUAUCUCUCUCUCCUUAUCUUUUUAUAUGCUCUCUCUCUCUCUCUCUCUCUCUCUCUCUCUCUCUCUCUCUUUGUGUCACUCGCUGUCUUUGCUCUCUACGGAUACUGUACAGUGAACUAUAAGACGACUUGUUAAGGAAGUUUGUUGUUGAUGCUUUAGAUGACAGUCAAACUACCACACCCCUUAUAAAGUGUUACAUAAUCUGAAAUAAAAAAAUCCCAGAAUUUUCUCAUAGGCACAAAAAGCUUAUUUCUCUCAAAUAUUUUGCACAAAUUUGUUUACAUCCCUGUUAGUGAGCAUUUAUCCUUUGCCAAGAUAAUCCAUCCACCUGACAGGUGUGGCAUAUCAAGAAGCUGAUUAAACAGCAUGAUCAUUACACAAUAAAAGGCCACUCUAAAAUGUGCAGUUUUGUUACACAACACAAUGCCACAGAUGUCUCAAGUUUUGAGGGAGCGUGCAAUUGCCAUGCUGACUGCAGGAAUGUCCACCAGAGCUGUUGCCAGAUAAUUUAAUGUUAUUUUUUCUACCAAAAAAUAAAAUUAUUUUUUCUACCAACGUCGUUUUAGAGAAUUUGUCAGUACGUCCAACCAUCCUCACAACCGCAGACCACGUGUAUGGCUUCGUGUGGGCGAGCGAUUUGCUGAUGUCAACGUUGUGAACAGAGUGCCUCAUGGUGGCGUUAGGGUUAUGGUAUGGGCAGGCAUAAGCUACAGACAACGAAGCUACACAAUUCCUGGAAGCUGAAAAUGUCCCAGUUCUUCCAUUGCCAGCAUACUCACCGGACAUGUCACACAUUGAGCAUGUUUGGAAUGCUCUGGAUCGACGUGUAUGACAGUGUCGUGACCUGUCUUACUUUAAUGUAUGACUGUUAUUUAUCGAAUCACCUAACUAUGUUUAAUUGUCACUUGAUUAAAUUAAUCAUGUAACAAUUAAGUCAUUAGAAAUUUGGGGCACCACGGAAGAAGUUGUUUGACGAGUUACCAUCUCCCGAAUUAAACUCUUAGAAGAUAUAUGUUAUAUAUCAAUAACAGUCAAUUACUUCUUAUCAUUCUCAUUCUGAACGUCGCAUAAUCCUUGAACCUGCAAGAACCCUAACCUUAUUGAUGAAUCAGCAAUACACAAAUUGGCUUAAUUAUUUAUUUACUAACUAACUAAAUAAUAACACAAGACAAACACACACAGGUUAUUGAUUACUAACAUAAUACAAUAAAAACAGGUCCCUAGUGGACUGGACUAACAAUAGCAUGAAUGCUUGGGUAGAAGGACGGUCAGAGUGGAAGGGAGAGAGAGAUUCAAACUAUCGUAGUUACUGCGGAUUAUAAAUGCAACAUGUAUUUACGUGUAGCUGCCCUCAAUAGUUGAGUUGAUGAUGUAGGCCUAUGGUUUGCCCACUAGAGAUCCCAAUGUACUUGGUAGAGUUUCUGGUCAUAGUUGUGGUUAGAAUGAAUAAUUCAGAUGUACCAGCGGUGUCUUUAGUGAAAGUUCUCUAGACGACUAUACAUGCCAGCUGCAGACUGAAAUGAUAAGGUCUAGUGCAUUGUCUUCUUCUUCACCUUGUGAAGAGGUUGAGAGUUUCUGAGUUUCUCCAUUUCAAACGUGUGGACUAACGUCUCACGUUCUCUGGUCUUUCUGGUCUAACCAUUUUGUAACGUGUAGUUUUGUCACGUCUCCUCCCGUUGCUCCCCUCCGGCGCUCUGAUUCGCCGGUCUACUGAGCCACCGGUCUGAGCACAUCACUUCGGCAACACCGGAAUAGAAACCCAAUGCACCCUAAGCACCUCCAGCGCACCUGCACCUCAUCAUCUCAUCACCUCCCCUAUUUAGCCCUGGACUGUUCCUUAUGAUGUUGUGUGUGAUUGUUUAGCUUCGUUUCGUGUACUCUAUCUUUGUUAUAUCUCUUUGUCAUUGUUUAAGAAAACCUUGACCUUGUUAAUUCCUGCGUCUGCAUCCUGCCUCUUUGUAUACUCAGUACUUGUCACAAGCUUCAGCUUCACGCUUCUUGGUCUUGUAGAAAAUCAACCAUUUGCAACAUACAGCUUAUACCGUGGUAUGCUUGGUCUUCCUUUGGUAAUGGAGUUGUAAUUUUAAACCAGUUUGUAACGUUUAACGGACGCUUCAUGUCUGCUGGUCUAAUGUUAAAAUGUUUUCAAGGCUUUUUAUGCACUCGGGGUAAAAGGGGCGUUCCAUCAUGUUUGUGCUCAUCUGGGCGUGGCCACUGACUGAGAACAAAUCAAUAUGGAAAACAAUCAUCUCAUCUAGAAUGCUAAAAUCACAUUGUUAUCUUCAUAAAAGUAUUAUUAUACUUAAUCAUUCGUUUUAUACAACAAUUAGAUGCAAACCUCAUAACUGGGAAGUGUACCCCCCAGAGAUAGUUAUGUUGUUCCACUGUCUUUAAUGACAUCACAACAUAGUAACAAACUUGACAUGAUUGUUCUUUAAGUCCCCACCAACCAUUUCCCACAUACUUUUAAGUAGGACUCUUGUUUCAUUAUCCACUUUUGGAUGUUGGAGUUUUGGCAGGAAGACUUCCUUUGUUAACAAAGGGGUCCUUUCUCCCAAUACUUCAUGGCAAGUAAGAGAAAGUCUGCACGGUAUUUACGACCAGUCAUAAAACUGGCCCCCAGGAAAGGGGGUGUUCAAACCUUUGCCUAGCCGGCAUGUUUGAUCCUCAACCCAUGAGGGCAAGUCAUGACAACAGCAUGUUCCAGUUCCCGCCAAUAUCCACCAAAUUCGCACAGCCAUUGCAGAGGAGUGGGACAACAUUACACAGGCCACAAUCAACAGCCUGAUCAACUCUAUGCGAAGGAGAUGUGUCUCGCUACAUGAGGCAAAUGGUGGUCACACCAGAUACUGACUGGUCUUCUGAUCCACGCCCCUACCUUUUUUAAAGGUAUCUGUGACCAACAGAUGCAUAUCUGUAUUCCCAGUCAUGUGAAAAAUGUAAAUCCAUAGAUUAGGGCCAUAUUAAUUAAUUUCAAUUGACUCAUUUCCUUAUAUGAACUGUAACUCAGUAAAAUCUUUGCACGUUGCAUUUAUAUUUUUGUUCAGUGUAUGUAUUCUAACUCCCCUCUCCCCCUUCUCUUCUCUCCCUCCUUAGAGAACGUUCUCAGCUAGUCCGUACUCAGACCCUAUCCAGGUAUACCCUAACAUAGCCAGGAGUGUAGAGCAGCCAGAGAUGCUGUGGGUCAUGGGCCCUGUCCUGGCUGUGGUGCUCAUCAUCAUCAUCGUCAUCGCCAUUCUGUUCUUCAAGAGGUGAGACACUGUGUAUGUGUGAGACACUAUGUGUGUGUCUGAGGGGGGAUGGAUGAAGGGUGGGGGAGAUGUAGGGUAUGUGUGUGUUUCUCUGUGUGUGUGUGUGUGUGUGUGUGUGUGUGUGUGUGUGUGUGUGUGUGUGUGUGUGUGUGACGUAAUGUGUGUGCCAGUGACACCGCCUUGAUGCAGGUUACCACACAUUGCAUCAACGACUGUGAUUGUUGAUAAAGACACACUGCACCCCUAUGCAACUCUCUGCACCUCGUGUGAUUCUCAACCCCUGCAAUUGAAAUACCUCCUAACAUUACUUGUUAUAAAACGGAUGCGUCCAAAAUGGUACCCUACUUUUGACCAGGGCAUACCCUUCACACUCUGACAGACAUAAGAGAAAAGAGAAGUAUUUAAAAAUAAUUAAAACCUGUUUUCUCUCUGGCUCUUUAGCCUGUCAUAAGCAACAAUAGACUCUGAAACAGGCAGGGACCACAUACAAAGCCAAGUCAGCCUGACACACACACACACACACACACACACACACACACACACUCACACAUGCACGCACACACAUGCAGACACAGACACUGAAACACACAAAAGCACACAUACACACACAAAGAGCCCCCUCACCCCCAUCCAUGCUGUUGACUCCAUCUCUCCCCUGCCACCCUGUAGCAUAGACUGUCUCUGACCUUUCAUUCCCCACUGCUGUGUGAGGGCUGCAGCUCCAGUAAUAAUAGGCCAUCAGACUGCUACCUGCUGGGGAGCAGGGCCUCUGUCUCGUUCUGUCUCUCUGUGUGUGUUAGAGAUGGUUCACCACAGACAGACAGUACUAGAUUGACAGGAGCUAUAGGAGAGAGGCAGACAGGUUGCCUGGCCUCCCUGCCAGCUUGCCUUUUCACUGCACAUCUCUAGAUAUAUCAGAGAACAGUGAUACUCUCUACUUCUACCUCAACUGACUUUAGGGCUAGCUAAACCGAAGGUUGCUGGUUCAAGUCCCACUCUGACUGUUCCCCCCUAUAUCGCUACGUUAGGGCUCUGAUCACUAUUAACCCUCCUUCCCUCUCCUCUAUGUUCUCUCCAAUGUAUGCAGCAAACAGGAGAGGUGGGUACUUACUGUCACAUAUUAGCCAUGGUUUCAUCCACCUCGACUAACACCCUGCCAUUCGUUGUCUUGCUAUUCAGUGAUGUGGUCCUGAUUGUUCAGAAACUCCUGGCCUUAGCAGUACUAUGUUCUAGUACUAUGGUUGUACACUGUAAAAUAUUUGAGUAGUUUUAACUUCCAAAAUGUUACUCUGCAAUUUUGGACUAGUUAUUAUAAGUUAUGUCAACUCAGUACAUCAAGUUCAGUUGUUCAGUUGACAAAAGUUAGGUAACUCGUCUUAAGUUGAAACAACAAGAUGUUUUACAGUGUAUUAACUAGUGCAUUUCCCACCUAUAGUGUCAUGUCAUGUUGAAAUAUCUUGUUUUGUGGCUGUGGUGUAUUACUGUGCUGUGUUCAUUAUAUGAUCGUUGACAGUGGUGUGUGGUGUGUCCAGGUCAACCCCAAUCUGAACACACACACACACCCUUCAAGGUCGGCUCCAAUCUAAAUUGUCUGACUCAGUCUGUCUCUGUCUGAGCUGGGUCUCUGUCUGAAUGGCCCAUUGUCAAAUAAAUGCCAGGUGGGGUGACUAAUACUGCGUCCCAAAUGGCACCCUAUUGGGUACUGGUCAAAGGUAGUACACUAUAUAGGGAAAAUGGUGCCAUUUAGGACGCUGACGAUAAACCAAAAAUUAUCGACACAGACCAAACCGACCACUUAUCGUUGACAUUUUUUUGAUAUUGUUAAUUACGUUAUAUAACCUAUAUGGCCCUACUAUAGAAUUUAGAAGUUUUAAAUAAAUUAAGUUUGCUAAUAUUGAUUAUUGUUAAUUACACAAGGGGUGGUGUUACAGGAGAGUUCGCAGUACCGGAGCGACCCACUAGGUGUCAACUCCGACAACCUUAGGCACCUCCUCACUCACAGUCUGGACUAAUCAUUAUCUAAUUGGUGUCACCUGUGUCUACCUGUUUACCUGUGUAUUCAUGCCCUCACUUCCCUGUGUUCCCUUGCUCUGUUUUCUCUGCUAGUUCAAAAUAAAAUGUUUAAAAUGUAUGCACUCACUAACUGUAAGUCGCUCUGGAUAAGUGCGUCUGCUAAAUGACUAAAAUGUAAAAAUGUAGUUCGCGAUGCCAAACAGUAUUAAUCAGUGUCUGAUCGCGAGACGUAUGUACAGGUACUUGAGAAGUGUUCUCCCUGUUUCAUUGUUGUUUUCAGUCACAGUUAGUAUUUUGUGUGUUUGCUGUCAGCCUGUUUUUGGAGACCAAUUUGCUCCUCCUUAAUUUUUUCGUGAUUUUUCCUGGUUUUGGGACCACCAGUAAAGAUCCUUGUUUCACCAUCUCUGACUACUGCCUACUGUCUAUCCUGCACCGCAACUGGGUCACAUCUCACACCAACCCUUACAGAAAACAGAGCCAAUAUGGACCUAGCGAAGGCAGCGCAGUAUCGCAGCGCGUUGGCAAUGCAGGGAGCUAUGCUAAACCAGCACGACCGCAGCCUGCAGCAGAUCACGAGAAUCUCCGCCAGCUGAAGAUCGCCGUGCAGAGGCGGGUGGACACCCGACCAGCCCCGGCAGCCGGCAGAGCGGAAGCCGCGGCAGCGGCGUCUCCAGUCUCGCCUGUGACAUUGCCUACCACCUCCGGAGAGGUACGACGGACGUCCAGAGGGCUGCAGGGAGUUCCGGACUUGGGCUCAAGAGGCAGGAUGGGAGGAGGUCGCCCUGGUCAUCCUUUACACGCAGGGGCUAUCGGAGGGGAUGAAGGACGAACUCUCCUUCAGGGAGCUGCCUGAGAGACUGGACGGCCUCGUCGACCUCUCGGUGCGGGUAGACAAUCAGCGUCUUGAGAGGGCGCAUGAGAGAGGAUGACGCAAGGCACGCUUGUCCAGGAUGGAGAAGCAGAGACGUCUGUGCCAGGGACGUUGCCUGUACUGCGGCCAGGCAGAUUACCACUGCGACUCAAGUCCGGAGAAGCUGGGAAACGGGAGGGCUCGCUAUUAUCGGGAGGGGUGCUAGCGAGCCGGAACCGAAACCCCAACCCUAGAGACUCCCAGACUUUUCUCCCCGACAGGGUUCAGUGUGGUGGAUUCGGGGGCCGCGGGAAACCUGAUGAACGCUGGGCUGGCCCAAGGGUGGAGCAUUCCGUAACUCUCCCUCUCCGAGACGGUUUCAGUCAUGGGCCUGGACGGCCGGCCGUUGGGGUCGGGCUUCAUCAACCGGCGCACUGUCCACGUGCAUGUCCGGGUGGCAGGGGGGCUAUGGGAGGAUAUCCAGUUUUUCAUUGUGGACUCUCCAGAGUGUCCCCUCAUCCUCGGGUACCCCUGGCUGGUCACCCACAAACCCCGGAUAGACUGGUGGGCAGUGGCCAUGCAUUGAUUACCGGGCGCUCAACGACAUAACGGUUAAGAACCGCUACCCACUCCCCUUGAUGACGACAUCAUUUGAGUCGUUGCAGGGAGCCCGGGUCUUACAAAAUGCCUACAACCUGGUGAGGAUUUGGUAGGGGGACGAGUGGAAGACUGCUUUUAACACACCCAGUGGGCAUUACGAGUACCAAGUCAUGCCGUUCGGUCUAGCCAACGCGCCUGCGGUGUUCCAGGCGUUGGUCAAUGACGUGCUCCGGGACCUCCUCGACUACUGCCUCUUUGUGUAUUUGGAUGACAUCCUAAUAUUUUCAAAGAACAUGAGUCAACACCAGCAACACGUUUGGCAGGUCCUCCAACGCCUUCUCCAUCACCAGCUCUACAUCAAGGCGGAGAAUUGCGUGUUCCACACAGAGACAGUCUCCUUCCUGUGGUUCAUUGUCACUCAGGGGGAUCAACAGAUGGACCCAGCCAAGGUCAGCGUGGUACUGGAUUGGCCCCAGCCCUCAUCCCUCAAGCAACUACAAUGGUCUUUAGGGUUCGCUAAUUUUUAUAGCCGAUUUAUUCGCAAUUUUAGCUCCCUAGCCGCUCCAUUGACAGCCCUCACCCAGACGAGCUUGCGGUCCUUCGCCUGGACCCCGGAAGCGGGGAACGCAUUUGAAGUGCUUAAGCAGAGCUUUACAUCGGCCCCGGACCUAGGGAAUCCUGAUCCGUCUCUGCCAUUCAUUGUGGAGGUGGAUGCAUCAGACAUUGCAGUGGAAGCAAUCCUGUCUCAGCGGUUCCUCACGGAUGGUAAGACUCACCCCUGCGCGUUUUUUCUCCCUUCGGCUGUCCCCUGCAGAGCGGAAUUACAACGUGGGGAAUCGUGAGCUGCUAGCGGUCAAGCUCGCCCUGGGGGACUGGAGGCAUUGGCUAGAUGGGGCCCCACAUCCAUUAGUCAAAUGGACUGACCAUAAGAACUUAGCCUACAUUCAGGGGGUCAAGAAGUUAAACUUGCGCCAGGCCAGGCAGUUCGUCCCUGUGGACCUGGUGGAGAUGGACAACCCCAUUGUCCCCAAUGCCCUGAUUGCUGCCCCAGUUUCAUGGGGAAUCGAUAGGCUGGUCAGAGCAGCGCUACGGCGGGAGCCUGAUCCGGGCGGAGGUCCAUUGGGGAGGAUGUACGUACCUAAGGCUGCGCGCUCGCGACUGCUUCAGUGGGCGCACACGUCCGACCUCACCAGCCAAUCCGGGGGACGCCAGGACAUUGGAGUUCCUGCGUAGGAGGUUCUGGUGGCCAUCAGCUGAGGGGGAUACGUGCGCCUUCGUGGCUGCUUGCCUGGUGUGCAUGCGCAAGAAGAGCUCACGUCAGCCCGCGGCAGGGCUGCUCGGACCCCUGCCUAUCCCCAAGCGCACCUGGUCCCACAUCUCGCUGGAUUUUAUUUCCGCCCUACCCCCCUCUGAUGGAUACACAGUCAUCCUGGUUAUUGUGGACCGGUUUUCCAAGGCUGCCCACUUCAUUCCCCUUCUCAAACUCCCGUCGGCCCGGGAGACGGCUGUUGGUGGUGCAGCACGUUUUCCGGGUCCACGGCCUUCCCCAAGAUGCGGUGUCAGAUCGGGGUCCUCAGUUAACCUCCAGGUUCUGGAAGGCGUUCGCCACCUGCCUCGGCGCCUCCGUCAGCUUGUCUUCCGGCUUCCAUCCCCAGUCGAACGGGCAGACGGAGCACGUCAACCAGGAUCUGGAGGGGGUGCUGAGGUGCUAUGCCUCCAGCAACCCAGCUACGUGGAGUCAGCGACUGGCGUGGGCGGAGUACCCCCACAACACACUUCUCUGCUCGUCCACAGGCAUGUCCCCCUUCCAGUGUCAAUACAGGUACCAACCACCCCUAUUCCCUGAGCAAGAUGAAGAGGCUGUGGUCCCGUCGGUCCAGGCCCACAUCAGUCGCUGUCUUCGCACCUGGAGGCAGGUACGGGCGCCGUUUAAGCGGCCUCGGUCAAGUCUCAACAUCAGGCCAACCACAGCCGUCGCCUGGCACCGGUUUUUCGCCCGGGACAGAGGGUGUGGCUCUCCACGCGGGAUCUUCUUCUCCGCGUGGAGUCCAAGAAGCUGUCCCCCCGGUUCGUCGGGCCUUUCAGAGUGGUCUGGUGAGUCAACACAGUGGCCUACCGCCUGCAACUACCCCCCACCAUGCGGGUUCGCAGUUACGGAGCGACCCACUAGGUGUCAUCCUCCGACAACCUUAGGCACCUCCUCACUCACAGUCUGGACCAAUCAUUGUCUUUUGAUGUCACCUGUGUCUACCUGUUCACCUGUGUAUUUUUGCCCUCACUUCCCUGUGUUCCCUUGCUCUGUUUUCUCUGCUAGUUCUCGAUGCCAAACAGUACUAAUCAGUGUCGGAUCGCGAGACUUAUGUACAGGUACUUGAGAAGUGUUCUCCCUGUUUCAUUGUUGUUUUCAGUCAUAGUUAGUAUUUUAUAUGUUUGCUUUCAACCUGUUUUUGGAGACCAAUUUGCUCCUCCUUUAUUUUUUCGUGACAAGUCCGUUAUUUUGUAUCCUGGUUUUGGGACCACCAGUAAAGAUCCUUGUUUCAUCAUCUCUGCCUACUACCUACUGUCUAUCCUGCACCGCACCUGGGUCACACCUCACACCAACCCUUACAGGGUGGGUCUAAUCCUGGAUGCUAAUUGGUUAAAACUGCAUUCCAGCUGGUGUCUAUUCCACAAUUUACUAAAUCUAUGAUGUUGAAAGGCUUAUUUACUCUGCUCCAUCUGACUGCGCAAUCCACUGUCUCAUCAGCCCAGUCAGACAAUUUAUAUAUACUAGAUCUACGCUGUAAAAAGCAUCUAGACAUUAUCUCCCAUUUCUUUUAGACUAGCAUUUGGUUUUCAACAGCGGACAUUUGUAUUAUCCUUGCUGUCUGUCUCUCCAACAUUUGCAACAUUGUGUCAAUAUUGAAAUUUGAUCUCCAGCUGUCCCAUAGUAAUGAACGUAUCGGGAGUCGGGAUGAGACAGACAGGCUGGCAGCUUUUCUCAGCCAGUCGAAAUCGUGAAUCAGCCUCAUUUUUAUGCAUAUAUACAAAGGAAUGUCAAUAGAAAAACACAAUUCAGCUAAUUUACUGUCAUUGCAGCUUCAGUUUGAAGCUUUUGUGUUAGCUGUGUAACGUUAAUUGGAUAUCUCUUCUGAACAGUGGCCUGGUGACAGAGCAAAUGUUCUAUGCCAGGCGAAAUCGAGCAUGAUUAGCUCAUUGUUAUGGAUGCAUCCAAAUAAAUGUCACUAGAAAACCGUUUACACAAAUGCAAACGAAGAUUCUUUGUUGUUAUUCUGGCUGCACUGUUUGACAUGACUGUAAAUUAGCCGUAGUUGGCUAGCUAGCAAGCAAGGGAUAAGAACGUUGCCAGCCAUCAUGGCAAUGGAACAUUUAGAAUUAACGACUGGGUGGCGUCCACAGAUUUUUAACAAAAAUACUUAACGACUGGGAAUCUCUGGCAACCGAACCGAUAGAACGAACGACCAGCCGGCUUGGGUAACAACCCUAGAUUUGUGUCGGGACUAUAUCUCGUGGAAGAAUGAAAUAGUAUGAAUAAAUUAAUCAAAAUAACGUUUUUAAUUAAAAUAUGUCAAUCAUUAUUUGAAUAUGUUGGUAAUCUGUUGUAUAAAAGUGAUAAUGCCCUCGAAGCCGGUGUUUGGAGGAUAAAUUGAUAACUACUAUAGCCCAUAGAAACGCAUUGAAUAACACAUUCAUGAAUGGCAAAAAAAAAGACAGUCAAAAAAUAACGUUUGGUCUGUUCUCGGUCAGAGAAGAGAGGAAGAAAUGCUUUUCAGAGAUUACCCUAGCGUCACGCUGCUAACAUUAGCUAGUAUUAGCCUAAGCUCUGUAGCGUCAGAUAACAGUUGCUGUGGCCAGGUAGAACCUGUAGAUGCAUGCCAUUCUCACUGUACACACACACACAAACAUACAGACGCACACGCACACACACACACACACACAGGUUUGAUGCAAUUUUCUAAGUUGAAUGUAUUUUUUAAAAUAUUUAUUAUACUUUGUAUUAUCAUUAUUAUUAUUGUAGGCCUAUUUAAGAAUCUGAACCAGUUCUGUGUUCGGACUGUCUUUUUAAUGUUUUGCUCCGUAUUUAGUUGAAAAUAGGUUAAAAGUAGUUUGUAAAAUAAAUUAAUUUGUUCAGUAGUUACUCACUUUUGUUGGUAAUUACUACAAUAAAGGCCUAGCCUGUUAACACUACUGUGAUGAGGUGUUGUUGAAGGAAUCAGGCGCAGGAGGGUAAAUCACAGAAUAACAGGCUUUAAUCCGCAAAAUACAGUUUUACGUAGAAAUGCGUCAAACACACUCCAGGGCACAUAACAGGCGCACUGGAAAAUACAAGGCAUACGGGAAAUACUCCCGUCGAUACAAAAUACACGAGCUCCACCGAGCUUCACUAACCUCCACAAUAAACAAUCACCCACACAGACAAGGAAGCAGAGGGAACACUUAUGCAAUGACUAAUGAGGGAAUAAGGACCAGGUUUGUGUGAUUGAAGACAAGACAAAUGCAGUGAUGAUAAAUGGUUUGGCAGUAGCUAGUAAGCCGGUGACGCCGAACGCCGAAACCUGCCCGAACAAGGAGGGGAGGCAGCCUCGGCGGAAGUCGUGACAACUACAAUCACUAAAGCAGUCAUUCUGACUGCUCAUGAAUGUUCUUUUUUUAUUACUCUGCCAUUUUUUAAGUCAUGCCCCCCUCCGUCCUUGACUUUUCCUAAAUAAGUCUACAGUAUAUAACAAACUGUCGGUGUUAGAAUCGUAAUAUCACAAACAGAAUUGGAGUUAAGAAACAACAUGGAGCCGAUAGACAUGGUCGCGCUGUUCAUGGCUCCUGUUCAUGGUCUGUUAUUUCUACAGAUGCACAGUCUGGGGUAUUGUGUGUUGAUUGAUGAGGGGGGAAAAACAAGGGGUCGGAAUACUUACUGAAUGCAUUGUAUGUGUACACGAUCAAUCAAAUUAGAUUUGAUUUGAUUUAGAAGCAGUUUUAGGAGGGCAUGUCAUUUAUUUAUGGUUUUCCCCCGUUGCACCUCCUUCUCCCAAACAGUACGACCUGCUCUGCUCCUUCUUCCGACAGUUGAAAGUGCAGUGCCCAGCUGAUAAUCACCCCGAUAAUUGCCUCGAAACUAAACAUAACUCAUACCGAAACUAAUUUCACACAUAUAACAGCAGAUGAAAUAAAUGAAGUAAAGUAUGAUGGGUAGAAAGGAGGAGAAUGGGUGAUUGAUGAGUGAAGGGAAGCGAAUGAUGCAUAAUUAUUUAAUCACAAUUGUGAGCAUACAUAAUUUUACAUGCUGAACGGCUUUCUGUGACGAGUACUGAGGAUACGAAGAGGCAGGAGGCAGAUGGAGGAAUCAAAAAUGUAAAGGUUUACUUAACACUGAGCAAGAGAACAACAAAGAGCGAGUACACGACAAGACACUAACAAUCACACACAACACAACGCUGAACAUUCCAGGGCUAUAUAGGGGUGGUGAUGAGAUGAUGAGGUGCAGGUGCGCUGGAGGUGAUUAGGGUGUGUUGGGUUUCCAUUCCGGUGUUGCCUAGGUGGUGCGCUCAGACCGGUGGCUCAGUAGACCGGCGAAUCAGAGCGCCGGAGGGUAGCAACGGGAGGAGCCGUGACACUUUCAAUAUCUGGGAAAAUAUCCACAUCGAGCAGCAGAUGAGCGAGUGUGGAGAACCUUAUGUUUCUACACAGAUGUUCUACACAGACCUCAGUCAAUGCACAGAUGAGUGCAGAGUGCAGAGCGCAGAGAUUAAUUCCGAGAUAGAUAGGUCUUCUCUCAUAUCUCUCACACACGCACACACACACAGUCUUCACACACACCCCCCACACACACACACACACAAUCAUUUAAUUCAGAGAUAGAUAGGUAAUCUCUCCUAACUCGUAAUGAUGGAAAACAGUCUCUUUACGACUGGUGUGUGAGUGCAUGUGUGUUUGUGUGUGUGCACGUGCAUUUGUAAGUGUGUGUUUGUAAUUGUGAUCAUGGUUAAACCCUUUCCUGUCUGCCUCCCCCUAUAGGAAGAGAAUGUCUCCCCUCCCCAAAGACGACCACUCAGGAGGG